UUGCUAAACUCUAACAUCCAUGGGAGCAUGUGCUGACCCAGUAAUGAAUAAAAAAUCAUCUUCAUGAGUUCGAUACAAUACGUAAAUCUUGAAGCAGGGUUUAUAAUGUUCUUUUGAGCCAUCUGCAACGAUCUGAAAAUGGCGGAUAGAUACGAGAACCAAGCUCCUGAGACGCUCCAGGGGAAGUUUCACGCAAAGCUUAUAUGUUGUAUUCUUGGAAUCGGAGGUCUCGUUGCUUGGAACAGUCUGCUCACUAUUGCAGACUACUAUUACCAUGUCUUCCCGGAUUAUCAUCCUUCAAGGGUACUAACCCUUGUAUACCAGCCGUUUGCGCUUGUAACAGUUGUGAUUCUUGCAUACCACGAAUCGGAAAUCAAUACCCGGAAACGUAACCUGAUCGGUUACAUUAUAUUCACAAUAUCCACGUUAUUGCUAAUAGUUUUGGAUUUGGCAACAAAAGGACGUGGUGGAAUCGGACCGUAUCUCAGUUUAUGCACAAUCGUUGCUUCUUUAGGCCUCGCAGAUGCUACCGUUCAAGGAGGAAUGAUCGGUGAUUUAUCCUUGAUGUGCCCUCAACUAAUCCAGUCAUACAUGGCUGGCCUGGGUGUAGCUGGUGCUCUAACCUCAGCUUUUAGGUUAAUGACUAAAGCAGCCUUUGAGAACUCAAACAGCGGUUUACGGAAAGGAGCAUUGAUAUUCUUAACAAUCUCAGCAUUGAUACAGUUUCUCUGCGUGAUGCUUUAUGCAUAUGUUUUCCCAAAACUGCCCAUUGUUAAAUAUUAUCGAAGAAAAGCUGCUUCUGAAGGAUCUAAAACUGUUACUGCUGAUCUUGCUGCUGCUGGUAUUAAAAGUCAAUCAUAUUUGACUGAUGAUGUUUCCACCUAUCAAAGGCUAAGCAAAAAACAGAUAUUGCUUCAAAAUAUAGACUAUGCAAUGAAUCUAGCCCUCAUCUACAUUUUGUCAUUAUCCAUUUUUCCGGGGUUCUUAUAUGAGAACACGGGACAACACGGGCUAGGCUCAUGGUAUGCACUUGUCCUAGUAGGGAUGUAUAACUGUGGGAACUUGGUAGGGAGGUACACGCCGCUUGUGAAAUGGCUCAUGUUUGAGAACAGAAAAGGGCUCACAAUUGCAACUUUGUCACGUUUUUUCCUCAUCCCAGCUUUCUAUUUCACUGCGAAGUAUGGUGAUCAAGGAUGGAUGAUUAUGCUUGUUUCUUUUUUGGGAUGGACAACAGGACAUCUCAAUGUUUGCAUUCUUAUCAUUGCUCCUAAAGGCUACAAGGGUCCAGAGAAAAAUGCGUUAGGGAACUUGCUGGUGGUUUUUGUAACAGGAGGUAUAGUUGUAGGAACUUCUUUGGGUUGGCUAUGGCUUAUUGGUAAGAAUAAUGCCUUCUGAGUACUUAAGAAACCAUUUGAAUGUAAAAUAAGUGGAAGAUGAUUAUUUGCUUCUUAUGUUAAUUUAUCCCACAAGAAUUCCAUUGCAGUGUUUCAGAAGGAUACAUUUUGUUGUUUUUUCCUCUCUUUUUAAUUAGGUGCUAGUUGUGGGUUCUUAGAUCAAGUCUAGUUGUGGAUGUUUUUGGCCUUCUGUUAUUGGUGUUUGCUUCUCAAGGAUCUUAGAUUGUUAAAAGUAUUACUUUAUGUAAGUACAACCAGCAAUGCAAAUGGCGUUGUGUGUGGUGUUUCCAUGUGUUUUAAAAAGUGUCUUUUCUCCG